AAUUCUCUCUCCGCUGUUGGGAAAAUCAACAAGCAAGUUAGGGAGCUCAAGCGCAGCCAUGAUGGUCGCAGAAGAACCAGCAGUACUACUUCAUGAUGAAGGUGGCUGCAGUAAUACUGAAACAGCGGCGGUGCUUUUUUCAAAUUCAGGUGCAGAAGAUCAUGACAAGCAUACUUUUGGGGACGUUGAUCAGGAGGGUGGUCAUGAUGACGACCACCGGAGCUAUGGAGGUGGAGGAGGAAAUCGGUGGCCUCGCCAAGAAACUUUGGCACUCCUGAAGAUAAGGUCCCAAAUGGAUCCUGCUUUUCGCGACUCCAGUCUCAAAGCUCCAUUGUGGGAAGAUGUUUCAAGGAAACUAGGGGAGCUUGGUUAUCAGAGAAGUGCAAAGAAAUGCAAGGAGAAAUUCGAGAACGUGUACAAGUACCACAGAAGAACCAAAGAAGGCCGAUCUGGAAAGCCAGAAGGAAAGACUUAUCGGUUUUUCGACGAACUUGAAGCCUUUGAUCAUCAACAGAAUAGUCACAAUCUAUCUAUAAUACCACCAAAACCUCCAGUGGUGCUGUGGACCAACAACAGCAACCACCAUCCAAACCAAAGUGUCCCUCCUCCUGUCGUCACUGUUCCGCAAAACGGCGUCACUCCAGCCACAGAUCCAAUAAUUCAUUCAUCAACAAACAAUUCCUUGCUGCCACAGCAAAUUCAUUCAUCACAAGACAAUACUAAUGGCUUCCGACUACUAAAUCCGACCACCAACCUGUUCUCCAGCUCUACUUCUUCUACUACUGCCUCGGACGAAGAGUUUCAGCAACGAAACAAGAGGAAAAGGAAAUGGAAAUACUUCUUUAGAAGACUGACAAAGCAAGUUCUCGAGAAGCAGGAGAGGCUGCAAGAGAAUUUCUUGGAAGCCAUUGCCAAAUGCGAUCAAGAGCGAAUGGUGAAAGAAGAAGCUUGGAGAAUGCAAGAGAUGGCAAGAAUCGAUCGUGACCACGAGGUUUUGGUCCAAGAGAGAUCGAGUGCAGCAGCGAAAGACGCCGCCCUCAUACAAUUCUUGCAAAAGGUUUCACUGCAACAUAACUCUAAUGAUACUCGAUCCCUCGAAAUCAAUGAUGCCACAGCAAUGCUAGUAAUACCACCACCAACAAAUGUGCCUCGGCCGCCAUUGCCGGCACUACCGGUGUCUUGGGCAAUAGACCAGCGUGGCCUCACUGCUAGUUCUGAUGGAGCAGUAGCACCGAGAAACUUGGAGGCUAAGAAAGUGUAUGGUAACGGCGAGAACAAUUCUGCUGUCAUGGGAUCCUCAAGAUGGCCGAAAACGGAAGUUCAGGCAUUGAUAGAUCUGAGGACAAGUCUCGACGUCAAGUAUCAGGAUGCUGGGCCUAAAGGGUCUCUCUGGGAGGAGAUAUCGGCCGGGAUGAGGAGGCUCGGCUACAACCGGAGCUCGAAGAGGUGCAAGGAGAAGUGGGAGAACAUCAACAAGUACUUCAAGAAGGUUAAGGAGAGCAGCAAAACGAGACCCGAGGAUUCAAAAACAUGUCCUUACUUUCACCAGCUUGAAGCCUUGUACAGAAACAAGAACAACAACAAGAUUGAAUAUCACAAGGAUCGUAGUGUUGAGAAGCUCCAAAUAGUGCAGCAGCCACUGAGGGAAAAUGUGGAUCCAAAUCAAGAGGAAGAUGAACAUGAUGAUCAUGGUGAUCAAGAUGGAGAAAGUACUGAGGAAGAUCAAGAACAUGAUCAGAUAGGAGGGACAGUAACAAGUUACAAACAGUCAUCAAUGGAGAUGGUUGAGUCAUGAAGAGUGAUCGAGACAGCCAAAGACAGCGAUAACGAAUUAAGUUUUCUUAAUUUUCAUCAUCAGAUCCAGUUGACGUAAAAUGUCAAUUCCAAAAAUGUCCCAACACAUGACUGUAAAGCCAUAUAAAAGUGGAUAAUAUAAUGUAUUAUUUCAGGCUCAACUCAGAGAGCUCUCUCUCACAAUUGUGUAUUCAUUAGAAAAUUUGAAGUCUUUAAAAAAAAUAAAAAAAAGAGUUGAAGUUGAAGAAUCCAAA